GUGUAUUUUUUUUUUAUAUUUAUACCAAAAUUCUUUAUUGAUUUCUUCCACAAUACAUCCUUGUAUUCAUCAGCAUUCUGGCAGUGAAGAAAAAUAAAAAGUUGACAAAAACGGAAAUACAAAAAAAUCCUGGGAUAUGAUUGGCCGAUGAGACACUGGCUUUUUAUCUUUUCCUUGUGGUUGGGUAAAAUACGAACCUCCCUUCUCUUUUCAUACACAACCAUGGCUGCUGUAGCUCACCAAAUCUCCAAGAAGCGCAAGUUUGUCGCCGAUGGUGUCUUCUAUGCCGAAUUGAACGAAUACCUUACCCGUGAAUUGGCCGAAGAUGGAUAUGCUGGUGUGGAAGUACGUGUCACCCCUGCUCGUACUGAAAUCAUUAUCCGUGCCACCCACACUCAAAAUGUUCUUGGUGAAAAAGGACGUCGUAUUCGUGAAUUGACUACUCUUGUUCAAAAGCGAUUCAAGUUUAGUGAAAAUGCUGUUGAAUUGUAUGCCGAACGUGUGCAAAACCGUGGUUUAUGCGCCAUUGCUCAAUGCGAAUCUGUCAAAUUCAAGUUACUCAAUGGUUUGGCUGUGCGUCGCGCCUGUUAUGGUGUUGUUCGUUUCGUUAUGGAAUCCGGUGCCAAGGGUUGUGAAGUGGUUGUGUCCGGUAAGCUCCGUGCUGCCCGUGCUAAGGCUAUGAAGUUCAGUGAUGGUUUCAUGAUCCACUCUGGUCAACCUACCCGUGAUUUCAUCACCACUGCUGUUCGUCACGUUCUUUUGCGUCAAGGUGUGCUUGGUAUCAAGGUCAAGAUCAUGUUAGACAAUGAUCCUACUGGUCGUCAAGGUCCUAAGCAAACUUUGCCUGAUAUUGUUACUAUUUUGGAACCCAAGGAAGAAACUGCCAUUGAAGUGCCCACUGCUCAAGAAUUUGGUGUCCCUGCUCCCGUUGAACAACCUGUGGAAGCUUAAUCUUUAGAUUCUAUUUUUUUU